AUGACCAGAACUGGGUGGCCCUCUCUGCUCCUGCUGACUAUUAUGGUGGCCUUGGUGGCCACCACAGAUCCAGCCAAGAAUCAGGAGAAGGUGUUGAGGAAAUUAAAUUCCAUCAGUUCCUCAAAUGCCAAUGUGAAACAAUGUAUGUGGUUUGCCAUGCAAGAAUACAACAAAGAAAGCGAUGACAAGUACGUCUUCCAGGUGGUCAAGAUACUGCAAGCCCAGCUGCAGGUAACAGAUUAAAUGGAAUACUUUAUUAAUGUGGAAAUUGCCCGCAACACCUGCAAGAAACCAUUAAACAACAAUGAAAACUGUGUAAUUCAAGAAAACUACAAACUGGGAAAGAAAUUAAUUUGCAGCUUUCUGGUAGGAGCACUUCCCUGGAAAGGCGAGUUCACAGUGAUGAAGAGACACUGUGUGGAUACCUAG